AUGAUGCUCCAGACUGCUGUGCUCAGUGUCCUCUUCUGCUCUGUCCACAGUUUUACCUUACAGGCUUCCUUUGAAAAGAGUGAAGAGUCCUCUGGCAACACCAUUGAGGACGAUGCUUUCAGUGUCUCCACGCUGAUAGAGAAGGCCAACAUCAAUGUUGGAAAGAACUUUGAUGACCCCCUGGUGAUGUUUGGAGACAUAGCAGUGCCAACCGGUCUAGAGAAUGCUGAUCCCUGCACAAGAAGAGGAUGCCUGUGGCCUAGAUCCACUGAUGGCAACGUCUACGUACCCUACCGCAUCUCCAACCAGUACUCCCGAAGAGAGAGAGAUACCAUUAUCCGAGGCCUGCGUUCCUUUGCUGCGUCAACCUGCAUCCGAUUCACCCCUUUGAACAGACAAAGAGACUUUGUGGACAUCCAGUCUCGCCAAGGGUGUUUCUCCUUUGUUGGGCGUCGUGGAGGAGGCCAGGUAGUGUCUUUGAUGCGGCAGGGUUGUGUUUUCCAGGGGACCAUCCAACACGAGCUGCUCCAUGCCCUGGGCUUCAACCAUGAACAGACACGGUCCGACAGGGAUCAGCACGUUCGAAUCCUGUUGCAGAACGUUCAGCCUGGAACGGAGGGGAACUUCAGGAGGAUCAACACCAUUAACCUCGGCACGCCCUAUGACUACAACUCUGUCAUGCACUAUUCAAGGUUUGCGUUCUCUAGGAACAGGCAGCCAACCAUCGUCCCCAUCCCCGACAACAAUGUAAGCAUUGGUAGGGCCCAACAGAUGAGUCCGACUGACAUCCUUCGGGUGAACCGCCUCUACUGCAAUUCAACUGCUUCCAAACCUCGCCUGGAUCCGAUGCAAAGAAACCAUGUUGUCUAAAUCAAAGAAGCCAAAAGGAAUUGAUGCAAUGGUUUAUCUACAAGCAAAACCUGAAAUGCAUCUUAUGCUUAAUGAAUGUGCUUUGAUUCAGAAUGUGAUUAAAUGAGCUUGCUAUCCUAAUUAGAAACGAUUAUUGUGAAUGUACAGCACCAGUUCUGACACACCUUCUCAUUCAAUGGCUUUUCUUUUUUCCCCCUAAAUUUUCUACAUUUUAGAUUAAUAUUAAAGACAUCAAAACACAUGGGACACAUAUGGGAUUAUGUAGUAAAGGGAAAAGUGUUAAACCAACCAGAAUUUGUUUUAUAUUUUAGACUCUUUACAUUAGCCACCUUUUGUUUUGAUGGCACCAUUCCAGCUGAUCGCCUCAUAAAGCUGAGAAUGCAGAAGUGUGAAAAGAAUCUAAAAUAUAAAACAUAUUUUGUUUUUUUCACUUUGUUUUUUACUACAUAUUUUAAUAUUUGUUCUUUCAUUGUUUUGAUGUCUUCAGUAUUAAUCUACAAUGUUGAAAAAGAAGCAGAAGAACCAUUGAAUGAGAAGGUGUGUCCAAACUUUUGACUUGUACUGCACACUUACAUUAAUUAUUGCAUUUGAGCUUGAAUGAAGACUAAUAAUGAAUAAAAUGUUAUUUCA